AUGAGUACCAGGCUGCAGCACAUCAAAGAUCAUAUUUGGGCAGCAAACCAGUGUGCAGAAAUGUCCAUAUCAACGCCCAGCCCUCUCACCACGCAUGUACUGAACACUGGCCACGGUACACCAGCUGCCAGCAUGGGCCUUAGCCUACACUUCCUGGAUCCCACCUCAAUGACAUGGAAUCUGCUAACAACAGGAACUACCAACAACGAUGGACGGUGCCCAUGCCUCAUCACCAGAGAAGCCUUCAUUCCUGGUGCUUAUAAGAUGCGCUUUGAGACUGGACAGUACUGGGAGGCAUUAGGGGAGACUUGCUUCUACCCAUAUGUUGAGAUUGUCUUCACCAUCACUGAUGCAUCUCAGAAAUUCCAUGUACCACUUCUACUGAGUCGAUUCUCUUAUAGCACCUACAGAGGAAGUUAA